UUGCUGUAUAUUUACCAAUAUUGUUGUUGGGUAGCCGUCGUUGGUUCCUUGUUCUUGUUGAUUUUAGCCAUCUAUGAGUGAGGACAACCAUCUAAGAUCAGCAUGAGUUACCAGAAAGUGUACAUGAACCAGAUCUACUCCAGCUCCAUUAUGAGACAGGUGGCUCAGAUGUGGAAAAGUCAGCUAUUGUGUGAUGCUGUCAUUAAAACUGGGAAUGUUCACACAAAGGCUCAUAGGUUAGUGCUAAUUGCUGCAUGUCCCAUGCUUCAAGACACAGAAAAUGCCUCGGUGGGAUCACAUUUAGAAGUACGACUAAAUUCUGACAUCAGUGAAUCUGCUGUGAAAAUAUUUCUACAGUACCUGUAUGAAGGGUACAUGAUGUUAACAGAAGAUAACUGUAGAGAUGUGGAGAAGAUUGCCAAGAUGCUUCAUGUGGACAGUAUUACAAAAUGUUGCACUGACUUUCAGAAAUGCAUGAAUGCUAAGAUGGGAUACAGUUCAUCCCAAAGACUGAAUUUUGAUUUACAAGACAGUGCAGAUUUUCGUUUUGUCAACACAACAGAUUUGCAAAAAAUGGUUCCAGAGGGUCAGCACAAAAGACAAAAUAAAGAAAUGAUUUCAGACAAUCCUGCCUCCAAGAGACCUAGAUUCCAGUCAUUUGGAAGUUUUUCUAGCUAUGCCUCACAAAGGCCAGAUGAUCACUUAUCUAUGAAUGACAGUUAUAACUCAGUCAGGAAUUCAAAUCAAAGGGAGGGGAUCAUUGACAUCAGUGAAAAUAGUGUAGAACUAAUAAACAUUGGCCCAGGUGCCAGAGAUUCAGAUGGAUGGCCUGUUAAUACUGACUUACCACCUAUCAGAACCAGCUCCUCAGUUUCAGUGGCUAAUCAACAGGAAAGAGAAACAGAUGUGCAAAUUGUUAAUGUGCAACCAGCCAGAGUUGACAGGCCACAGCCUCAGCCAUCUCAGCAAGGCAGCGCAACCACAUUUAGCAGACACCAGGACACAAGAGGCAGCACUCUAGUGGCUGGACAAUCUCCGGGCAUACCUGAAAGAUCAUUAAUUGUUCAGAGUCAUUCACCAAAAUCUACAAGGCGCCCUGAUGAAUCUCCUCAGUAUAUGCCUUCAAACAUUCCUCAGUUGUCACCCUUAAGCUCAACUUCACCAAAAAGUGUUCAGAAACACAGAGAAACAGAUGAUCAUGACACUCACAGGCCCUUUGCUCUAGGCUCAGCACCAACUGGGCCUAGGUCUAUUUCUCUGUCAUCCUCCUCCACUGUUCAUCCUGUAGAUGUUGUGAAAAAUGCUGGUUUGUAUGAGUCACAGAAAUUCACUGCAGACAACACAAAGCAAAACAACAUGACUAUGGAGACAGGAAAUAAAAGAAACUCAGCUUCACCAGAGCCAAUAAUUGUGAAGUUGGAGGAUGAUAAUACUGAAUCUGGAGAUAUAGAACUGUACAUCCAAAAUCCUCAAAAUGACUCCUUCAACACUGACCCUGGAGAUCCGGGUGGAGAAAGCCAGGGUGAGCUUGAUCCAGAUAUGUCUAAUGAUGAUAGCAUGAGUAUGGAUCCAGGGUCAUCUUGGCAAUCACAGGAGGGCCAAACAACAGGUCUCCAUGCCUCAAGUUCAGUGAAAGUUGUUUCUCAGGAGGCACCCGUUGUUCCAGUGGGCAUGCCCAUUUGUGCUAAAAUUGCUGGUAGUUUCUUCUGCAAACACUGCAGUGAAAGAUUUUCUUAUGAGAUAGACUUAGUACAACACCUCCAAGCAGUGGAGAGGUUAAAUGUUUGUAGAGUAUGCCGUGUUUGUGGCAAAUAUUUCAGAUCUUCUAAUGGGCAUAAGUAUCAUAUGCUUAUGAACCACAAUGCAAAUAAAAGUAAUUAUCGUUGUCAAAUUUGUGGAAGAUUUUGUCAGGGUGCAAGCUUUUUAAGAAAGCAUUUGAAAACUCAUGACAAAACUAAAGAGUAGCGAAAAUAUAGGAUGACUUGUCUUUUUCCCCCUCAUCCCUGCUAUUAUUAUUAUUCCAAAAACUUUAAUUUGAUAACAUUGUGAGCUUGUACAGUAUAUGUUCAAAUGAUUCUGGUGUUUGUAGGGUUUGCCAACUUCCCAAAGAAUAGUAUUAGUAGUAAGAACAUUGUAUGAUACUGUAGUACUUAUUUGCCUUUCAAAGUGAAAUUCGUUGUCAGUUUGAAUAAUACAUGUACAUAGAAAGAGUAUCCCACAGAAUUGAAUUAAGUGAUUUUCAAUAAUACAUUUUCCUCAUUAGCGUUUCAAUUGAAUGAGCUAAUUUCAGUUACCUAUAAAAUAUGUAUUCCAUACAUUGUGUUUGAUUUUUUAGGUGAAGAUAGUGUUAUUUUGGAUAACAUGGUAUACCAUUUUAAAAAAAUUCUAUCCCCCAAAAACUUGUAUUGUCCAGACCCCCUGGCCAACUUAUUUUGCAACAUUAAAAUACUAGUAAAUAGAAUUUUAAUGGCAAUCACUCCUCUGUAGAAUUAUUUCAGUGGUAUGUACAUCUAGAAGUUGUAAAAAUUUGUUACAUGUAAAUUGUUUGAGUUAAAGUUGUGUUUGGUGUUACGUUAUGUACCAUUUUGCAAGUUCAAAUUUAACGUACGUUUUCAUAAGUUUGCAUGAUAGACUUUAGAGGCAAUAAAUGAUUAAAAAUU